AUGGCCAUGAGCAUGUCUUGCUGUGGGAAAUCCAAACUUUGUGUUGGAUCAAAAAAUAUUAUUUUAUCAACAUUGCUGGUUAUUGCUAUCAAUGGACUACCAAGUCCUACACCCAAUGCAACUGAGUCUACCACUGUUACUACAAAACCAAGUCCUACACCCAAUAAAACUGUGUCUACCAUUGUUACUACAAAACCAAGUCCAACACCCAAUACAACUGUGUCUACCAUUGUUACUACAAAACCAAGUCCUACACCCAAUACAACUGUGUCUACCACUGUGACUACAAAACCAAGUCCUACACCCAAUACAACUGUGUCUACCAUUGUUACUACAAAACCAAGUCCUACACCCAAUACAACUGUGUCUACCAUUGUUACUACAAAACCAAGUCCUACACCCAAUACGACUGUGUCUACCACUGUGACUACAAAACCAAGUCCUACAACCAAUAAAACUGUGUCUACCAUUGUUACUACAAAACCAAGUCCUACACCCAAUACAACUGUGUCUACCACUGUGCCUACAAAACCAAGUCCUACACCCAAUACAACUGUGUCUACCACUAUGCCUACAAAACCAAGUCCUACACCCAAUAAAACUGUGUCUACCAUUGUUACUACAAAACCAAGUCCUACACCCAAUACAACUGUGUCUACCACUGUGACUACAAAACCAAGUCCUACACCCAAUACAACUGUGUCUACCACUGUGACUACAAAACCAAGUCCUACACCCAAUACAACUGUGUCUACCAUUGUUACUACAAAACCAAGUCCUACACCCAAUACAACUGUGUCUACCAUUGUUACUACAAAACCAAGUCCUACACCCAAUACAACUGUGUCUACCAUUGUUACUACAAAACCAAGUCCUACACCCAAUACAACUGUGUCUACCACUGUGACUACAAAACCAAGUCCUACACCCAAUACAACUGUGUCUACCACUGUGACUACAAAACCAAGUCCUACACCCUAUACAACUGUGUCUACCAUUGUUACUACAAAACCAAGUCCUACACCCAAUACAACUGUGUCUACCACUGUGACUACAAAACCAAGUCCUACACCCAAUACAACUGUGUCUACCACUGUUACUACAAAACCAAGUCCUACACCCAAUACAACUGUGUCUACCAUUGUUACUACAAAACCAAGUCCUACACCCAAUACAACUGUGUCUACCACUGUGACUACAAAACCAAGUCCUACACCCAAUACGACUGUGUCUACCACUGUGACUACAAAACCAAGUCCUACACCCAAUACAACUGUGUCUACCACUGUGACUACAAAACCAAGUCCUACACCCAAUACAACUGUGUCUACCAUUGUUACUACAAAACCAAGUCCUACACCCAAUACAACUGUGUCUACCACUGUGACUACAAAACCAAGUCCUACACCCCACUGUGUCUACCACUGUGACUACCAAACCAAGUCCUACACCCAAUACGACUGUGUCUACCACUGUGACUACAAAGACAACGUCUUCAUUAGAGACAAGUCAAAUUACUGUGUCAAAAACCUCACCCACUAA